CAAAUUACACAAAAUUUCAAAGCAGAUGAGAUCAGUCGAGUGAUCUCAGUUGCAGAUGGGAUUUCUACGUGUUUAUGGUCUUGCGUCUCAUAUUAAAUUCCUGAUCUAGAUCAAUCCCAUUUUCCAUGAAAAUUUUCUUCCUUUGAUUUUUUUUUCUGUAUCAGAACCAUGUUGUUCAAGCCUUUCUCCUUUCUUGUUUUUCUUCUGAUGUUGGUUCUUUCUUGCCAAUCUUCUGUUUCUGUUUCAAGUGAACAAGAAGCUGAAAUGCAAGCAUUGUUGAAAUGGAAAAGAAGCCUGACUGACCAAUCACAAUCUCUCCUAUCUUCUUGGAGAUAUGGUCCUGAAAAAACCAGCAGCGAAGCUGCAAGUUCAUGUUCUUGGCUUGGCAUCAGCUGUAAUGAUUUUGGAAGUGUUGUCCAGAUAAAUCUGACAUAUGUUGAAUUACAAGGUACGCUUGAUGAGUUUAACUUCUCAGCCUUGUCUAAUCUCUCUUCUCUUGAUCUCCAUUACAAUGCACUCACUGGAAAAAUCCCACCUGAAAUUAGCAACCUUUCAAAGCUCAGUAUUCUCAAUCUGGGUUACAAUAAAUUCCAUGGACAGAUUCCCAAGGAAAUAGGAAACAUGACAAAUCUCAAUGUCUUGAUCUUCUCUAACAACUUUCUUAUAGGGUCUAUUCCUGACACUGUCUGGAAUUUGACCAAUCUUUACAAACUGAACCUUGGAAGCAAUCACCUGGUAGGAUCAAUUUCACCAGAACUUGGAAAGUUGAGAUCUCUUGUCGAGCUUCGCCUGUAUUUAAACAACCUUACAGGCCCAAUUCCCUCCUCCAUAGGUGAUCUGACAAGCCUGAAGGUUCUGUCAGUCUAUGGAAAUCAACUUUCAGGUCCAUUGCCUCAUGAGUUCAAUAAACUUACCAAUUUGACAUUGAUCUUCUUUUCAAACAAUAGCAUUUCAGGCUUGUUGCCUGAGAACAUUUGUCAGGGUGGUAUAUUAGAGGAUUUUUGUGCUAGUGAUAACAGAUUUGCAGGCACUGUUCCUAAAGGCUUGAAGAACUGCACAAGCUUAACUCGACUUCGACUCGACAGGAACAAUCUUACUGGCAAUAUAUCUGAAGAUUUUGGUGUAUAUCCAAAGCUCGAUUACGUUGAUUUGAGCUACAAUAAUUUUGUUGGGGAGGUGUCAGCAGACUGGGGAAAAUGCCAACUUUUAACAAGCCUGAAACUCUCCAACAAUUUUAUCACUGGGGUGAUACCACCAGAGCUUGCAGAUUCAUCAAUUCUACAUUUUAUAGACCUUUCUUCAAAUAAGCUUGAAGGAAUUAUUCCAAGUGAGUUGGGGAAGUUGAAGUCAUUGUUCAAUCUGACAUUGAGCAAGAACAAUCUUUCAGGCAGUAUUCCUCCAGAGCUUGGAAUGUUGCCUGAACUUGCCUUUCUCGAUCUAGCAGCAAACAAUCUAAGUGGAAGGAUACCGAAACAACUUGGCGAUUGCUCAAAAAUGUUGUAUCUGAAGUUAAGUAACAACAAUUUUCUUGGAGGCAUUCCUGUUGAGCUUGGAAAAUUGGUGUCACUGCAAGUUGAGCUAGAUCUCAGUAGAAACUCAUUUUCUGGUGAGAUUCCAUGGCAACUUGGAGACAUGGUGAAACUGGAAAAAUUGGAUAUCUCUCACAAUCAGCUCUCCGGUUCAAUUCCAUCCACUUUCGAACAAAUGCAGAGUCUGAGACUGAUUGAUCUAUCCUACAAUAGAUUGGAGGGUCCAAUUCCUGACAGCAAAGCCUUCAGAGAAGCACCAUCAGGAGCAUUUACUCAUAACAAAGGCUUGUGUGGCAACAACACUGGCUUGAAGAUUUGUCCUUCUCCUUCAAACAAUGACAAUGGAGGAUCCAGUUCACUUAUUCUAAUUCUUCUUCCUCUUUCUGCAGCAUCACUUAUCCUUGUUAUUUUCCUUGGUAUCUUCUGUAUCCUGCAUAAAAAAAGAAGGGAUAAAAUCAGCAACAAGCUUGUGAAUUCACAGAAUCAGAACUUGUUCAAAGUAUGGAGCUACGAUGGAAAGCUAGUUUAUGCAGAUAUUAAAGUAGCAACUGAGGGAUUCAAUGCUAAGUACUGCAUUGGAGUUGGAGGACAUGGAAGUGUUUAUAAAGCAAAGCUAUCAACAGGUCAAGUUGUAGCAGUAAAAAAGCUUCACCCAUUUCUUUGUUCGAAGCUAGAAGAUCGAAAAACUUUCGAAACUGAGAUUCAGGCACUGAGUAAGAUCAGACACAGAAACAUUGUGAAGCUUCAUGGUUUUUGCUUGCAUGAACAACAGUCAUUUCUGGUUUAUGAGUACUUGGAGAAGGGAAGCUUAGCUAAAAUCCUGAGCAAAGAUGAAGAAGCAAGAGAGUUUAAUUGGUUUAGAAGAAUCAAUGUUGUUAAAGGGAUUGUAAAUGCUAUCUUUUACAUGCAUCAUGACUGCUCACCAUCCAUAGUUCAUAGAGACAUAUCAAGCAAUAAUAUAUUGUUGGAUGGGAAUUAUGAAGCUAGGGUUUCAGAUUUUGGCACUGCAAGACUCAUGGAGAAUGAUUCUUCCAACUGGACUGGCCUUGCAGGAACAUAUGGAUACAUUGCACCAGAGCUCGCAUACACAAUGAAAGUAACUGGGAAAUGCGACGUAUAUAGUUUCGGAGUGGUGACCCUCGAAAUAAUCAUGGGGCAUUAUCCUGGAGAAUUAAUAGGCUCGCCUUCAUCAUUUUCAACAUCUUCAUCAACAUUAUCUUUGUCAGAAUUGAAUGCCAACAGCAAGAUGCAAUUGAAAGAUCUGUUUGACAAGCGCCUAGAGAUUCCUGAACCUGAAUUGGCCGAUGAACUUGUCACAAUCACCAAGCUAGCAUUCUCAUGCAUCAAUUCAAAUCCAAAGCUUAGGCCAACUAUGCAGCAAGUUUCUCAAGAGUUUUCCACUAGAAGGCUUCAUGUCCCUCAGGCAUUGCACACAGUUGCAUUAAAAGAGGUUUUGGAUUUUGACAUCCAAGUCGAGGAAGACUGAUUUUCUCGCUUCGAUUCAUAAUUAAUAAUUUUUAAUUCAAUAAUACAUGCUUUAUUUAUAAAUAAAUUAUUUCAAGACUGGGUAUUUGUUACGAUGAUAAUUUAUUUUAUUACU